AUGUGCCCACAUACAAAGAUCUGCCUUAUGGCCGAAGAACAAAAUGUUGAUAUGCAAACAAUUACAUGUUCUUUCAGUCCAACCAACCGGUCACGACUGUGUUUGCUUCCCCUGACGUGGGUUUUGGACAGCAAAGUGACUUCAGCUGCUCCUCCCUCCUCGGUCGGAGAGGCCACCUCCCCACGAGCCAAACACACCCAAGCCUGGGCCUCAGGAAACCUGGUCUCGUGGCCACAGCCAGACCAGCAUUAG